AUGAGUAGAUGUCGUAGUUGUAGUGGACAAAGAAGUAGUGGAAAGGGGAGUAGCAGUAGUAAUAGUAGUAGAUAUGGAUGUAGUUUAAAUAGGAAACGUAAUAGGAGUGGUAGGAAAGGGGAGAAAGUAACACGGCCUAAUAGCAACUGCGUACGAAGAACAAACAGUUACAUGUGCAAAAUGGGGCCUCUAAAAAAGGUGUUCCUAGAUUUAGGUGUUUUAAUAGACAUAAAAAAAAUAAAAGUUUACAAGAAAGAACGUUUUGAUUUAGAAUUAAUAAAUAAUGUAAAUGAUCGAUUUGUAGAGAAAGUAUAUAAUUUGUUAUUAGACAAGAAAAGAAAUAUUAUACCAGAGGAUGAAUUGAUUGAUUUUGUAUUUUUAUUAAUGAGUGAUAGAAAGGAAAAUAGUACAACAGAAGGAAAAGAAGAAGGAGAAAAAAGAGAACCAAAAGAACAAAAAGAGAAAAAAGAACAAAAAGAGAAAAAAGAACAAAAAGAGAAAAAAGAGCAAAAAGAGAAAAAAGAACAAAAAGAGAAAAAAGAACAACAGAGUACUAAUAACUACAAUGAGGGAAAUACAAAAUGCAUCAUAAAAAACGAAGUAACCAAUAUAAUUAGGAAAAUAAAUAAGUUUUAUUUUUACUUUAAAGAAUUUAUCUUAAAGGAGCGUCUUAUAUUUACAGGGGAAGUAUCCGAAAAUGGAAAGAUGACCUUCCUCCACGAUUUUAUGGAUAGCACUUUGGUUAGCAGCAGUUUGGUUAGUAGCAGUUUGGCUAAUAGCAGCUUGGCUAAUAGCAGCUUGGCUAAUAGCAGCUUCACGAGUAGUAGUCUGACUAGGAGCAGCCUGACCAGUGGAUGGGGUGACUGUGUUAAUGUAAUUGAUACAAAACACGGUGAGGGCUACGAAGAAGCAGAAGGAGGUAAUGCCUUUUUUAAGGAGAACGAAAAUGAAAACUUGGAAAUUAAAACAAAUUGCAUCAAAUCAGGUAGGGAACAGAAGGAAGGAGCAAAAGAAUAUAGAAAGAAGAUCGAAUACGCUAUUCGAAAGACACUGCAUACUAAUGUGAGUAGGGAAAGAGAACUAAGCGAAGUUAACAAAAUUUCUAAGGAGAACAAUAAAAAGAAAAUACAAAAAAAUGAAGAAGAUAGUUAUACACUCAAUGAAAUAAAGACAAGCUCUUCAAGUUAUGAAAAAGUUUUAGAAAGAAACACAAAAUGUGGAAAGGAUAUUAAAUCUUACAUUGAUGAGGAUGAAAAACUAAAUAAUGGAAGGAAGAAUAAAUGCGUAGGAAGUUCAUAUGCGGGUGAUACAACUAGUCUGGAUAGUGUAGAUGACCACAUGGUGAGAAGUAGUUUACAUAAAAGUACCGAGGAGCGAAAAAGGAGUAAAGGAAAAUGCGGAAUUGAACGUUUUGGACAUGAUAUACGUAGCGGCAUAAGCUGUGGUAAGAAUAACAAGAAUGAAGGUAUGAGUACAUACACGAGCAACACUACGAAGAGAGGCAUGCCCCGCAGUGUGAAGAAGAGCAUUUAUGAUGAGGAUGACAAUGAUGCCGUCAUUGAAGGCGUAAAAUUUGGAAAGUCCAGUGCAGAAGAUGCAGAAGAAGAAAACGCCGCAAACAAUUUAAACGAUGCAAACAUCCCAAAUGAUGCAAACAAUGCACAAGGAUCCACUUCAACCGCAUGCGGAAGACAUAUUACUAUUAACAGUAACAGAAAGGAAAAAAAAAAGGUAAAUAAAUUUUUAAACAGCACAAAGCUGCUUACAAACGAGAAAACAUAUGAUGAUUUGAAUAUAAAGAAGCAACUUAAUAAGAACAUUCUGGAUAAUUAUUUAGGGGAAGCGUAUAACAAUUGUGUCUAUUCAAAUGAAAAUGAUGUUUUAGCUGAUAUAAGUUAUGAUAACAAUUUGUCAUCAUUUAAUUCUUACACAUGGUCUGAAGAAAAGCUGACAAAUUAUCAUUUAUCAGAUACAAAUAGAGAAAAAAAAUGGGCUGCGCCAUUUGAAUGUAGUAAGCAAAAAGUUUUAUCUAUUAGUGAAGAGGGAACUAUGUCAUCAUAUUAUUGCUCUCCCAUCAAAAAAAAAAAUAUAUAUAAUUUAAAAAAAUAUUCUAAUGAAAAUGGUGUACAUACAAAAGGACAAAAAUUAAGUGAAAAUAAAAAGGAUGCAUUUUUUCAAAAUGUAAAAGAGAGGGGAAACCUCGUUGAUAAAAGAAAGAAAUGCGAGCGUAAUAAAAACAAUGCCGGAUAUAAUAGUAACUCAAUUUUUAAAGAGGAUAUGAAUAGAAUAAAAAUAAAUGGAGAAUAUUUAUUUGUACCAAAAUUCAAUAAUACCAUGGGCAAGGGACAUACAAAAGGUAUUGCUUGUGAAAAAAUAAAUUCUGCUCAAGUGAAAAGGGCAGGUUCCCCUAAACUGGCGAACGAAGACGACCAUAACACGAACCCUUAUGAAAGGAGUUGUGCCAAAGUGGUAAGCGGUAACACGGUGUGUGAUGGAUCUAACGUGUCUGACGAUUUUGACGGGUGUGAUCAUUACGAUGGUGAUAGAAAAACAGGUAUAAUUGACAAAAUUGAAAGAAAUGAACGAUAUGACAAAUAUGAUGGAAAAAAAAAAUUUUUUAGAAAAAAUAAAAUUCACCUGAACAAGUCAGGCAAUAGUGAUGUACAGAAUAAAAAAAAUUGUGACCAAUAUUUCAUGAAAAAUGAGGAAGAAUAUUUUGACGGAUCAGGUGAAUUAGCGGAGGAGGAUAAUAACACGUAUAGCAAUAACGAGAACACUAACCUAAAGUUAAAUAGAAAUUGUGCUAGUCCACAGAAUAACACUAAUGGUGAAUGUUACGUUGGGGUCGAUCAUAUAACCAAUGGUAGCGAAGCAUAUUUUGAUGGUUUAAAUAGAAAUAAAGAGAAUCAUAAGUGCUGCAUUCAAAGGGAUAGUAGCAGUAGUAGUAGUAGUAAUAAGGGAGGUAAUACGUUGAUUUCCCCUUAUAGCAUGAACUGGCUAGAUGAUGGGGUGAACAAUGAAAAUGGCGUACAAGAAGCAGACAGGGAAGAAGUACGAGCAAGUGAUACGAUAGAGACUUUGAUUAGUGCUCCUUGUGUGACAACUGCUCCAGCUGUGGCUACUACUUCCACUUCGGUUAGUGCUCCCUAUUUGUCUACUUCCAUUACUUCUUGUGCUAAUCAUAAACGUAAUGGAUACACAAAUGGGCAAAGUACUCAUAACAUGUUGAAGGAGUAUUCAAGCACAAAUUAUUUCACGGAUGAACAUGAAUUAGUUAAACUGGAAAAGGGUAUUAAAUCCAAGGAGAAUAUGAAAAAAGGCAUAUGUAAUAAAGAAGAUAUGGUAAGAGAUUAUUUGGAAGAGGAUGCUAAUGGGGUGGUUGAUAAAUAUGAAAUUUAUUCAAACAGUGGUGAUGGUGGUGGUUGUUCAACCAUCAAAAGAGAAUGUUUAAUUGCGUAUGACACGUUGCAUGUAUAUCCAGAAUAUGAAAAAGGGAUUGCUAAUAAGAAUCUUUUGGACAGUAUUAACUAUAGUGGUGUUAAUGAGCAAUGUAUUUUGAGAGAUGUUGAUCAACAUAGUGAUUGUAUCCCUUAUGAUGAUGAAAAUGAAACAAAUUAUUACUCAAAUGAGGGUGACAAAGAGAUUCCUAACAAUGCGUGCUUUACCUAUUUUUUGAGCAAAGCAAGAAGUGAAGAGAACAUAUAUAAGAUCGCACAAAAGAAAAAUGUACUGAGAGAUGAGGGUGUAACUAGUGAAGCCAUGACGAGAGAUGGUACUAGCAGGAACGAUAACAUUUUAUCAGAAGAUGUUCAUGAUAUUAGAGAAUGGGAUGCAUGUGCACAGGAGGAAAAGAAAGAGGUGGAUGAAAAUACAUUGCAUAUGUAUAGAGAAAGACGAGAAAAAGAGUUUAUAAUUAACAGCAGGAUAAAUGAAAAAAUGGUAAAACAACAGUCAAAUGGACAUUGGGAAGUACUAAAAGACCGUUGUAACAAAUUUGACGAUGUAAUGAAAAAUAAAAGUACUAUACUUUUUAAUUUUAAAAAAAAGAAGGAAGGUAUUGCUGACAAAUUUAAUGGAAAUAGUUUAAAAAAAAAAAAAAAAAAAAAAAUUAACAACAAAAAUGCGACUUUGGAUAAUUCGGCAAAUAUAUUAAGUGAUGAUGUGCCUGAUUUUACCAUAAGUCACGAUGACAGUAUGUUUUAUAAAAAUAUUUCAAAUGGUAUGGAUGGCAAAGAUAACGAUAACGAUGAUGUUAAUGAUAACGAUGAUGUUAAUGAUGAUGACGAUGUUAAUGAUGAUGACGAUGUUAAUGAUGAUGACGAUGUUAAUGAUGAUGACGAUGUUAAUUAUGAUGACGAUAACGAUAACGAUGGCGAGGAAAAAAUGUCGAAUGCCUCAAUUGAGCAGAAUUUCAAUAAAGACAGUUUUUUACUAUUAAAAAAAAAAAAAGAAGAUACUCGACUGCGCAAAUGGUUAACUAAAAUAAAUGCAAGGGAAAAUGAAAAGAAGAAAAAAAUUCAAGAAAAACAAAAUGAUUCAAAAAAAAAAGAAUUGGUAAAUUGUACGUUUCAGCCAACUUUAAAUUCGAACAGAGCGAAAAAAAAUAACUCAAUAAUGAAAAAAGAUAUGAACAUGUACAGUCACAACUUCUUUGCAUUUAACAAAGGAUAUGAGAAUAGCAGCGUGUAUGCAGAAAAUGGCAAGAGUAACUAUGACAGUGCAAAUAUCUCGACAAUUAUCCGAAAUAAAGAUAAGCUUUCGAAUUAUUCUGCUAUAGAAGGGACUAGCAAAAAUAGUUGUGAAGACCACUUUGGAGGCCGAUAUGAGAACCACUGUGAAGGGCGCUUUGAAAACAUUUCCAUUAUGGGUACACAUUAUUUUGAUCAUUCCAAUUUUAUUAUAUGUAAUACGGAUGAGAAAGAAAUAAGUAACAAUAGGUGGGAUAAGAAACACACCAUAGACAGAAACAAGAUGUUAUACUGGAAAGCUAUGAACCAUAAGGAAGAACUGCAAAGAAAAAAAAUAGAGCUCGAAAGAGAAAGAGAAGAAGAAUUAAAAAAAGUGUGUAAAUUCCAGCCUGCCAUAAAGGAUAAUGUUAAAAUAUACUUGUCCGAAUUACCGAACGGGUAUGACAAAACAGUAGACAGAAUUAAAAAAGGGGUUGAAGAAAAGAGGAGGGUUCACAACUUUUUAACAUACAGAAUUCCUCCAACCAAUCAAACGAAGCAUAUAAACCAAGUGAAGCAUACGAACCGAGAGAAACAUACGAACCGAGAGAAACAUACGAACCGAGAGAAACAUACGAACCGAGAGAAACAUACGAACCGAGAGAAACAUACGAACCGAGAGAAACAUACGAACCGAGAGAAACAUACGAACCAAGAGAAACAUACGAACCAAGAGAAACAUACGAACCAAGAGAAACAUACGAACCGAGAGAAACAUACGAACCAAGAGAAACAUACGAAUUAUAUUCAUCAUAACGAACAUAAUAAAUGCGAAAAGACAACCGUCGUACCAUUUAGUUUUGAUAAAGGUUUAUAUAAAGUAAAGAUAAAGCCUGUUUAUUUUGAAACAAAAAUAAAAAUAUCAGAAAAUAAAAUUGCAUCAUUAGCCAUUCGUGAGGAUGAAGACCCCUUAUACAUUGUUGAUAUUUUUUGUAAAAUACAUGCAAUAAAAAAUGACGAUAAACAAAUAUUAUACAAAUAUAUUCUUGAUGAGUUAAAAAAGAUCUCCUUAACAGACUGA